UUGGGAAGAGCGAUGCAGGCGUUACACUGGACCCUCGCGAUCGUCGGUCACUGGUGUCUGUUGAAGCAGGUGCAGGGCGUGGAGAAGCAGGUCUCUGAGUCUCUGGACUUCCUGCCUCUGGCUCCAGCUGGCUCUGUGCUGAAGGCCCUACCUUAUGGGGGCGGAGCUGAGACGUCCCAGAUCUUCUCCGCCCCGGAUGCCCCCGACUCAGAGUCCGAGCCCCCCAGAUACAGCCUGCUGAGCCCCGCAGACUGGGCGCGGAACCACUCCCUCGCCCAGACCAAGGCCCCCUACCGCUCCAAGCGCCGGCCCCAGACCAAGACCGCCAUGAAGGCCAAGAAGAUCUUCGGCUGGGGCGACUUCUACGUCAACAUCAAGGCCUUCAAGUUCACCCUGCUGGUGACGGGCAAGAUCGUGGACCACGUCAACGGCACCUUCAGCGUCUACUUCCGCCACAACUCCUCCGUCCUCGGCAACGUGACCAUCAGCAUCGUGCCGCCCUCCAAGGCCGUGGCCUUCCAGGCCCCGCCCUGGCUCCACCCCCGCCCCGCCCCCGGGCCACAGCCCCGGGAGGAGGAGCCGGAGCAGUCCACGCUGCAGUCCAAGGAGAAGGUGGCGUUCAACUGCCAGGUGGAGUACGAGAAGACCAACCGCGUGCGCAAGCCCAGGCCGUGUCUGUACGACCCGGCGCAGACCUGCUUCCUGGAGCAAACGCAGUCCCACACCGCCUGGCUCUGCGCCAAGCCCUUCAAGGUCAUCUGCAUCUUCAUCUCCUUCUACAGCGUGGACUACAAGCUGGUGCAGAAGGUCUGUCCGGACUACAACUUCCAGAAUGACCUGCCGUACUUUGGCUGAGAGGAGCCU